AUGGCUCCUAAACUUCGUUCUCGCGCUCGCACUGCCAACGGUUCUCGUCAGGCUAGUCCUCUUGAUGUGCCCCAGAAUAAUACUGCUUUCGCUGGAUCCGAUAAUUCGCGUCCAAAAAAGCAACGGAAAACUAGUGCAAAUACAAGCGUCCCUGUAAACAGCAGUGAAGAACCUGAACGUCAGAAGAAAAGAAAGACCAGAGUCGGCCCCCAGGCUACUGGCGAUACUUCCCCUCAGCCUCAAGACGAGAAUGAAGAGUUACAGGCUUCUGUACCUGCUCCAGGUCGCGUUCCAGCUGCAUCUUCAUCUUCCUGGCCAGUCACUGGAUGGAAAGAGCCUCGUCCUGCGAAAUUAAAGCCAAGUUUCUAUGAGGUCGGCGGCAAGCGGACUGGCAUUUUUCAAAGCCAGUUUGCUCUCGGUGCUCGUCCUACAAAAACCAACCUCCGAAUCGCGAAACUCUUAGAUGAGGAUGAUGAACCAAAGUCGGCCCCCAAACCCAAGGCCAAGAAGGCCUCUAGGGGUCGUGUCUCGAAAUCAAGGAAGUCAAAGAAAUCAAGCAGCAAGUCAAAGAAGUCCGCUAAAUCUGACCAAGCCCUUGAAAAUGCGCUCAGCAACGACUCGACUACCACUACAACAUCUAGAGCCGAGACUGCGACCCCCGGAACCACCUCCGCGCAGGAAGACCUGCAAUCCACUACCGAAGAUAGUGAGCCAAAUGCCAAUGUCUCUGAUUCAGAGUCUGGCAGAAAUCUUGAAAACAAUGAUACUACGCCCACCGAUGCUAUAGUACCACCCAUCCCCGUCCAACUAAAGUGCACCAAAGAGAGAUUUAACCAAGUCAUCGGAUCCGCCAUUUCCAGAGCCGACGCCCGCAACGAUAGCAAAGUUGCUGACGGCAUUCGCAUAAUGCUACAGGCCUCCGCUACAGAUCCGUUUCUCUUGAAGAUCAUGGACGAUGUUGUCGCGGAUCCAAAUACCGGCAACAUGACAAUCUUCCAAACCGCACUACGGGACGCUAUCAAGAAGGCCAGAUCUGAACAGCCCACUGCUGCUACUGCCCAAAAUAAGGGACGGGAGGAUUCAACAUCCUCUCUCUCGACUGCCAAAUCACUCGAAGCUGAUGCUUUCGGAGCUCCAAGUUCAGCGGCAUGCAAUGUCCGCGGUCCUGACGAAGACGACGAGGCGCAAGCCUCCGAAUCUGAGUAUGAGGGUUGGGAACCAUUACAGGACGAAGGCACUGGGGUGGAUCCCGGUCAAGGCCCAAAUGCGCGCCGUCGACGUGCCCUAGAUCCAGCUCUGCUUGAACUUGCCGCAAAGAAACGGAAGCUGAGGGUCAAGAAAUUCCCCCAGUAUCACGUUGAACCGAGUCAUGUUCGGACUGAAAUCCUGCCGCAGCAUCAGCCUUCUCCGAAGCCUGUUUGCCGAACGGAGGAUGACGACGACGAUGAUCUGUUUAAGGGGCCUGCUGCUCAGCAUGCAUCGACUGCACGACCGGCCGAAGUCGAUAAUAUCGACUUCUGCCGCAAAUGCAACGGUACAGGCAACCUUUUAUGUUGCGAUGGCUGUGUGGACUCCUUCCAUUUCGCCUGUCUUAAGCCCCCUUUGGAUCCCAAUUCCCCACCUGCAGGGCGGUGGUUCUGUCCUGCUUGUGAAGGAAAAGGGCCCUCAGCGGCGCUAGAAGCAGCAAUGGAUGCGGUCCCUCAUGCUUAUUUCAAGGUACCGUCUGAGAUUCGUGAGGAGUUUGUGGGGGUACAAACCGAGGACGACGGUACGUACCAAUUGAUCCGGCAGGAAGAACUUCCGCCGACUGCGAAAGAGGUACGGAAGCUUGUCGGGAAACCUCUCGAAGAGGCUCGUGCCAAAGUCUACGUCGAGGUAGAUGCCCAAGGGAACUUGGUCUUCUGUGCCAAGUGUCACCGCUCCAACUGGGGUAGUGAACGACAAGUGAUCCAGUGUGAUCAUUGUUCCCUGUGGUGGCAUCUAGACUGCCUGGAUGAGAAUUUCUCACAUCCUCCCCUGCAGUUCCGGGGGAGCGAUAAUCCACGGCAUUACUGGAAGUGUCCCAACCACCUGGACAACAUGCUCGACAGUAUCCGCGAGGGUGCUCGACUUCGUCGACGCCGUCGUCACCAGGAGCAUGUUGAUAUCGAGGUCCUCCCGUCGGCCUACGAUACCGAAAGUUUCCGUGGCGAGGAAAUUUACGGCAAAGAAUACCGGGUGGCCGAGCGUGGCCUUAUUCAAAACUUCAUUGAACACGUCAAACGGGAAUACGCUGCAGACAAAGCGCUUCAAGCCAUGAAGUCGGUGGAGGAACACGCCCAGAACCUACUUGCUCCCAGCGGCGGAGUAUCUGGGCCCUCCAGCGAGACUCGCAAUGCAGGCCCGAAGGCUGCACCGCGAAGUCUACGCACUGACGAGCGUGAGGGUGCAUUGGCCCUUUUGGCAAUGUCGGGAGCCCCUCAGCCAACUUCGAGCCGAGUAGGGCAGUUGGUUUUGCAGCUGGUUACGGAUUCGCCGGAGACGAUCCGUAACUCGACAAGUGAGACUGAACUCCUUCAGUCUCUCCAAGGUCUGAUCGGCCAGCGUCUUAAGGACCUGGCUGCGACUUCUUCGACUGAUGUUACCAACUAA